UCUGAGGAGGCCUCCUCUCCGCAGCCAGUUCCCUCCCAGCCAGCGGCGCCGGUGUCAGCAGCAGCAGCAGCAGUGGUGGCGCCUGCUCCUCAGACAGUCCCUGUCGUCAGCCAAUCCAGCGUGACCCAGGAGCAGCUCAUCCGACAGCAGCUGCUGGCCAAACAGAAACAACUUCUGGAGCUUCAGCAGAAGAAGAUUGAGCUGGAGCUGGAGCAGACCAAAGCUCAGCUGGCCGGUGGAUUCACAGUACCCACACCGCCUCCAGCCUCCUCACCAGCUGCUCCAUCCAUGACGCCAAAGGCCCUCAACCAGACUGCCCCAGUGGUCCGACCCUGGAUCCCUCCCCAGGCUCAGCCCGACACCAAGCCGUCCACCAGAGACCCUCGUCUAAACCGCACUGGCCCACCAGCUGCGUCCCAGCCCAAAGAACAGCCUGCUGGGAAAAAAGAGAGUCCCCAAAAAGGAAGUUCUGCCCUGACGCCUGAGAAACGGCAGCCAGAGAAAUCCAUCCGACCGGACAAGACCAGAACCUUGAGGAAAGAGACAUUGGAGGAGAAGACCAAGUCCAAGUCUCUGUCUCCGAUGACCAAAAGUGUCCAGAGCAAAAACAAACAGGCGGAGAACGAAGGUCAGAAAUCAUCCGAUAGCUCCAAGAAAGAUCCACGGCUGAGGAAACGCACACAAGACAAGAGUGGAGAGAGCAAAGACGACGAGCUGAAAGAGAAGAAGAGAUGCAACGACAAGAAGGAGAGAGAAGAGACAGUGCUGGGGGCCGAGCUGCAGAGGUCCGGCAAAGGGAAGCUGGUGAAUGGGUUCGUCACCAAACAUGAGCGCGAGGAGGCAGAGAAGGUCGAGUUCAAGAGUGGAGGCAACGCCAGAACACAUGCCAGGAAACGCACACGCUCCAGGUCACGCUCCCCCACCUCUUCUCCAAAGAGGAAGGACAGGCGCUCGCCGAAAGGCAGAGCCAGGAGCAGCUCGCUGUCCCCGUCACCCUCUCACAAACCUGGGAAACCUCGGAGGGUCCGUGCAGAUGAACCGCUGCAUGGCAAGCCCGGCCGAGACGACCGGGUCACGCUCAAGAAGAGCCAAUCAGAGAGCAGGAGGUCGAAGAGGCCGCAGGACGAUCGGCAGUUCGAGUCCAGAGACUCUCACUCGCCACGAAGUCAUGAUGGAAGUGUUAAGGAGACGAAGGAGACGAAGGAGGCUCCUCAUCGCUGGAGGAGCAGCUGGGAGGAGAACAAACAUUUGAAGUUGCCAGACGACGCUCACAUGAAGCCUGGACCCCAGAGACACAAACCGUACAACAACCCGACUCGACCCACCACCCCCCGAGCCAUGAAGCACCGCCUAAGCGUGGACGCCAACCUUCAGAUACCUGAAGCCCUCAACUCCGCCUCCAAGAAGGACCUGCUGAGGAGGGCCAGUAAACGUCUGGAGAGCGGCGAGAUUUCUCAAGAGGACUUCCUCAAUGUGGUGCACCAGAUCAAACAUUUCUUCCAGUAUCAGGAGGAGAAGCAGCAGCGCUCAGAGAGCUGGGAAGACUCUGGCAACUUUGCCAAGAAACAGCCGCUGCUGGCCGCGCCCCCAUCCUCCCAGCCCCGUCCCCACGAUGCCAUGGACGCAGCAGAGCUGUCGUACUACGAGCACAAGUCCAAGCUCAGGAAGACGCAGGUCACCCACCGAGUGGCCGGAGAGGAGUGGGAGGGCGAGGAGAAUGUGGAGGAUGUCGGCGUAACAGGCCCGGGUGAGAAGACGGGCGGGGGUCGAAGCAUUGGAGCACACCCACUGCCACAUAAAUACAGCCGGGCGCCACGAGACAGACAAGGUGAAAGACGAAGUAAAGAACGAGAAGAGUUACGUCCUCCGCUGGGCCCCAUGAUCGAGGAGUACAAUCAUGGCAAAGAGUUCCCCACCCUCAAGUCUCUGCCGGGCCUUCGCUUCAGGAGACGAGCCGACCCCAGAGAGUCCAGUGAGAGAGAGUGGACCUCACCGCUGACGGAGCGCCAGUCUUUUGAUGAACGCGAGGAGCAGAAAAGCGGAUACGACGCUCCACGGAGGUACACCCCCACUGUUGACUCCAGACACCCUGAACCCCGGAGGCCAGAGGGGCCCCUGCCCUCUGGCACAGUGGUACACAGGAAUUGUCCAAGUCCGACCGCUCUGGACACCCCCAUCCCGAGGUUCGAGCGCGAGCGCCUAUCACCUCUUCACCAGAAAGACCCGGCUGAGAUGAGCCCGGUCCCGCGCUUUGAGAGCCCCAACAGUGAGCAUUCUGAUGAAGGGCCCCUCAAACCUGAUGUCCCCCCUCCUCAGCCUCCCCCUCCCCCCAUCCUCAAGGCACCAGCACGUGGCGGACCGCUGUCGUCUGUUCGACAGCACAGCAAUUCGCCGGGACACACCCCUCCUCACGAAGCAGGACACCCGCCAUCCCGGUAUGAUGGCCCCGAACACAUAUCCCCCCCCAGAUCACACCCUCCCGGCUGGUACGAUGACUCAUCACAGUUCGAAGGGCCUCACCCCCAGGGGCCGGGCAGGUUCGAUGGCGGCAGACCACCACAUCACAACAUACCAGAAAGGUUUGACGGCCCUGACGGCGCCCACAUGCCUCACGGUCCAAUGAGAGGAGGAGACGGGAUGGGGAGGUUUGAUGUUCACCCCCACCCUCAAGGCCCCGGGAGGUUUGAUGGUCCCAUGGGCCAACAGCCCCCGGUGCGGUUUGUGGGUCAGGGGCCUGGACACUUCGAGGGGCCCAUGCAGCACUUUGAGCCACCGAGACGCUUUGACAACAACAUGGCCCCUGGACCAGUCGGCUUCCAGCAGCCGCGGCCUUUGCGUUUCGAAGGCCCUCCAAACCAAAUGGGCCCCAUGAGGUUUGAAGGCCCCAAUCACAGGUAUGACAUACCCAAUGUACCCCAUCAGGGUGGACACGCACACUUUGAGGGCCCCCCUGGGCAGCAGGGGCCCCCCAGGUUCCCUCCCCAACACAACAUGCAGCCCCCCAUUAGGCCAAUGGCCCCGCCCAUUUAUGAUAACACGAUGACCCCCCAGCAAAACUUCAACAUGGGCCCCCAGUGUUUCCCAGAGCCCAUGAACCCUCAGUUCCCUGCGGGGCCGAUGGCGUUCCCGGCGCAGCCGAACCUGCAGACAGUGAACUUUAACCUGCAGCCGCCAUUUACCCAGCCAGGCCCCGCCCCCUUCUACAACCCUGCCGCUCCCGCUGUUGGUCUGCAGCAGCCGGUGAACUUGUUGGGGAACAUGAAUCAGACGUUCCUGCCUCAGAACUCUGUUCCGUUCGGACCUCAGACACUCGUCCCUCCAGAGAACCACUUCGGUCAGGUUGAUGUCAACGACCUUCUGACCAAACUCAUCUCCACCGGCAUCAUCAAACCUUCGCAGCCCGAUGCUGCGCCGACCACCAGCUCCGAAUCUUCGUCCACUGUGGCGCCGGCAGCUCCGCCAGCAGAGGAGGAGGAAGAGGAGGAGCAGGAGGUGGAGGAGGAAGACGACCUCCCGGACCUGACCAGCUUCACCGUGGAUGACAUGAAACCGCGUUACGAGAGUGUGGUGUUGAAGCUGUACUCUGGGAACCAGUGUUGUCUCUGCAGCAUGAGGUUCACCACCACCCAGACCGACAUGUACGCCGACCACCUCGAUUGGCACUUCAGACAGAACCACGCCGGAAAAGUCGCCAGCAAGAAGGUCACACACCGCCGCUGGUACUACAGCCUCAGGGUGAGA